GAGGGCAGUAGUCAUGACGUUUGUCCAUUUACUCCAUCUUCCCACCAACCCCCGAACCCCACCCUCCUCUCAAAUCUCUCGCCGUGCCCUCCUCUUCCAAGUAACUCACUCGCCCACCGCAUCGCAUUGCCUCCAACCGAUCGAGGAGGAUAGGAUACGGGUCUGCAACGAUGGCGCGGAAGAAGAUCCGGGAGUACGACUCGAAGCGGCUGCUGAAAGAGCAUCUCAGGAGGAUCUCCGGCAUCCAUCUCGACAUCAAAUCUGCCCAGGUGACGGAAGCCACUGACUUCAACGCAUUGGCGGAAACAGAGGCGUGGCUCUCCUCGGAGAAGCUGGUCGUGAAGCCUGACAUGCUCUUCGGCAAGCGUGGAAAGAGCGGGCUGGUGGCGCUCAAUCUUGAUCUUUCCCAGGUCGCUGCCUUUGCUAAAGACAAUCUCGGGAAGGAGGUCGAGAUCGGCGGCUGCAAGGGACCGAUCACCACAUUCAUCGUCGAACCUUUCAUACCACACACGCAAGAGUAUUACCUUUCCAUCGUUUCGGAGCGACUGGGGUGCAGCAUUAGCUUCUCUGAGUGUGGAGGGAUCGAAAUCGAAGACAACUGGGACAAGGUGAAGACUGUGUUCAUCCCAACCGAGGCAUCUCUCACAACAGAAACCUGCGCUCCUCUGCUUGCUACCCUGCCGCUGGAGGUUAAGGGAAAAAUCGAGGAGUUUACUAAAGCAGUCUUUGCUGUAUUUUUAGACCUCGACUUCACAUUCCUUGAGAUGAAUCCUUUUACAUUGGUUAAUGGAAAGCCUUAUCCUCUGGAUUUGAGAGGGGAGCUGGAUGACACUGCUGCUUUUAAAAACUUCAAGAAGUGGGGUAAUCUUGAGCUCCCACUGCCAUUUGGUAGAGUUAUGAGUGCUACAGAAAGUUUCAUCCAUGGGCUGGAUGAAAAGACUAGCGCAUCUUUGAAAUUCACCGUACUGAACCCACGAGGACGAAUUUGGACCAUGGUAGCUGGAGGAGGAGCUAGUGUCAUAUACGCUGAUACGGUUGGAGAUCUGGGUUAUGCCUCUGAACUUGGUAACUAUGCAGAAUAUAGUGGAGCACCAAAUGAAGAUGAGGUGCUGCAGUAUGCAAGGGUUGUUAUUGAUUGUGCAACUGCAAAUCCUGAUGGCCGUAAAAGAGCUCUUGUAAUUGGAGGAGGAAUAGCCAACUUUACUGAUGUUGCUGCUACAUUUAGUGGAAUUAUAAGAGCUUUAAGAGAGAAGGAAUCAAAGCUUAAAGCUGCAAGAAUGCAUGUAUACGUGAGGAGAGGAGGUCCAAAUUAUCAAACAGGUCUUGCAAAAAUGCGAUGUCUUGGCAAGGAAAUUGGCAUCCCUAUUGAAGUUUAUGGGCCGGAGGCAACUAUGACUGGCAUCUGCAAGCAAGCCAUUGACUGCAUCACUGCUGCUGCAUAAAUUUGGAACGUGGAAGACUGAAUAAUGUUUCCUUCUCUCUAGGGAAAUUCAGAAGAUGGGCAUGAGAAGGGGAAGAAACAGCAUAGAGAAGUUAGCUUUAGUUUUGUGGUCUGAAUUGGCUUUGUAGUCCAGAACUGGUGGUUUAGUGGUUGAACUCCCAUUUCUCUGAUGUGUCAACUUUUCUUAGAAGGUGUUGUUUUAUAGCAGUCUGGCUGAUGGCCUGCAAACUGUAGCGAACCACGAGGCCGUUAACGUGGAAAGCUUUUGAUAAUUCCUCCUCCUCUUCAAAGAAUGUUUUGACCAUGCGUGCCUGGUGGCUUAGAAGUA